CACCCGCCCAUUCAGCCAUGGCCUCCAGCUCCGAGCUCGCCUGCAUCUACACCACGCUCAUCCUGCAUGACGACGAAGUCACCGUCACGGAGGACAAAAUUAAUUCACUUAUUAAAGCAGCUGGAGUAAAUGUUGAACCUUUCUGGCCAGGCCUGUUCGCAAAGGCUCUAGCUAAAAUUGACAUUGGAAGCCUGAUCUGUAAUGUAGGAGCUGGUGGUGCUCCAACUGCUGCUGCUCCUUCUGGGGGUGCUGCUCCCGCUGGUGGGGCUGCCUCUGCUGAGGAGAAGAAAGGAAGAAAAGAAAGAAGAAUCUGAGGAAUCUGAUGAUGACAUGGGCUUUGGUCUCUUUGACUACACUGA